UGAAAAAGGCCACAAGGAUCGCAUGUGUGUGAAGACUGUCAAAAGUGUGAUACUCGAAAAGUGCUUGGACUGAAUAGUAGAACGAUCCGUUCAAAUUGAUCCAAAAUGACUGAUAAGAACGAUAAAUCUAAAGUAGAUUUGGGACUUCUUGAAGAAGAUGAUGAAUUCGAGGAAUUUCCCGCAGAAGAUUGGACAGCUAAAGAUGAAGACAAUGCUGAUAUAAGCGUGUGGGAGGAUAAUUGGGAUGACGACGAUGUAGAAGAUGAUUUCAAUCAACAAUUAAGGGCUCAAUUAGAGAAGCAGAAGGCUCAAGGUGAUCCAACGGGGAAAGACAAUUGAAAAAAAAUACUGAUUGGGUGUAUAUUAUAUCUUGAUGAUACAUUUUCUGAGUGUAUUCAUGUCUUUCUGUUGUGUGUAUCAAGAUUUAAAUCACAGGUUACAUGUGUAAACUAAAUCUUCUAAAUUCUUAAACUAUUUAUGCAUUUAACAUUUUUUCUAACAUAACAAGAUUGCAAUCAAUAGUAUCAAAUUUUGAAAUUGAUAAUUUCAAUAAAAAAAAUAUAAACACAGA